AGGAGCUCCCGCUAUAGGAUGCCCAGAUACAUACCUCUCCUCGUUCUGUAAACCCUAGCCUCACACCACUCGCCGCCGCCAUGGCAGCAUGCAGCCGUUCUCCUACCUUCCUCCGUGAGGCCGAGCUCCGCCUCCUGCGCUGUACCCUCCCCACCGCAGCCUCCCGACCACUGACCCCUUCACCUCCCCCGGUCCACCCGCUCGGCCCCGUCGCCGCCUCCGCCCUCGCAGCUGUCGAGCAUGGGGACUACGCGGCUGCGCUCGCCUCCGCUGUCCCGCACAUCCUGCGCGCCUCUGCCUUAACCGUGGCUGACCAUGACUCCCCUGCGCAGUUCUACGAACACCUCGCUGCCGCUGCCGAGCUGUUCGUCCUGGGGGAUGUCGGAGGGGGGGCGGCGGACGAGGGGUUCGAGUGCAGGUGCGCGCUUGUUCUCUCCGCAGCGGUGGCGGCGCUGCUCGCAUUCACGCAGCAGAACGUGACAGGGCCUCCAAGAAAAUGUCCACCUGGUCCUUUCUUUAGUACUUCAUCAUUGGAUGACGGCUGGUAUAUUGAUGCUGGAGGCAAGCAGGAUCAAUUGGCCUCCUUUGAUUCACAUGUUCAUGGGAAAUUCGUUCCUUUCUGGACUUCAUCAUUGGUUGAAAUGUGGUAUAGUGACUCUGGAGGCAAAUGGCAGGCAUGGGCUUCUCAUCAUUUAGCUUCUUUUGGUUCCCAUGUUAAUGGGAAAUUCUUGCUCUUGCAGUUAAUUGUCUUUGCGGAACUUCUGUUGACAAGCAUAAAGAGCCUAGACUCUGAUUUUUGGAGUAUAUCAUGGUGGCUGUGCAGAUUAUCCAUGUCCCAGCAGAAUAUUUUAGAUGAGCUAUCAUCCUCUUUGUUUGAUCAAGUACAGGUGUACAAAAAUAAAAUGUUGGCCCACUUUGGUGAACUUGAAACGGUUUCUAGCUACUGGGGUUCUUUAUUAGGUGAUGGAGAAGGCUCUUCUUUAGUCUCAGCUGCUCUUUUAGAAGCUGGACUUGCAGAGUAUAAGAAUGGUCGAGUUGAUGCUUCAAGGUUGCAUCUGGAUAGUGCUGAAAAGGUAUGUGGGAUUCAUCUUUCCCUCACAGGGAUCCUUGGUUUUCGAACAAUACACCAGGUGGACGCGAAGUCCCAAAUGGUACUUAUUACAAAGACCACUAAACCAGCAGCUGAUGAGGGGCAAUCGACAGAUCAAAGAGGAGCUCCGGAUGAUGUUGUGGCUUUGAGAAAGAUGAGGAGCUCUGUUCCUGGUGAAAGCGAUGAAUUUUGUGAUAUACUAAGAAAGCCUUUGCUAACAGAAAAUGUGAACGGCUCGAGUAGUGGAAGCACACAGAUAUCACUAACUCCGGUCCAGCAGGCUGCUGUACUUGCACAAUGUUUACAUGUUAGUCGGAGGAGUCGGAGUGAUGAAAUGUCUGAAUGGGAGAUGGCACCGUACAUAGAGUCAAUUGAUUCUCAAGAUGAUUCGUGCUAUGUGGUCAGGUGCCUGUGUGAUAUUCUGCGUAUUAGGUGGGAGUCCACCCGCAGUCGGACAAAACAGCGUGCACUGUUAAUGAUGGAGAAUUUGAUUGAAGAAACGAACAAAGAAUUUCCAGUGGCUUCAGAAAGAGCCAGAUUGGUUUUUGGAGUCCAUAUGCCGACUCUCCCUGCAUUAAGGAAAGAAUAUGGCGACCUGUUGAUAAGCUGUGGUUUACUUGGAGAAGCCCUGAAUGUUUUCAAAGAUCUCGAAUUGUGGGAUAAUCUUAUCUAUUGCUAUCGAUUAUCGGGUAAAGUUGCUGAUGCAGUUAGUCUAAUAAAUACACGGCUCUCCAUUACACCCAAUGACCCAAAAUUAUGGUGUUCACUUGGUGACGCUACAAAUAACGAUGAUCAUUAUAAGAAAGCAUUGGAAGUCUCCAAUAAUAAAUCUGCUCGAGCUCUGCGUUCUCUGGCUCGUAGUGCGUACAACAAGAACGACUUCUAUACAUCCAAAAUUCUUUGGGAAUCUGCAUUGGCAUUGAAUGCGUUGUAUCCAGAUGGCUGGUUUGCCUAUGGUAUAACUGCAUGGAAGGAUAAAGAUCUUGAGAAGGCUUUGGAUGCUUUUAGUCGUGCUGUGCAGAUAGAUCCUGAAAAUGGAGAAGCAUGGAACAAUAUAGCCUGCCUGCACAUGAUUAGAGGGAGAAGUCAAGUAUCAGUCCAGUCAUUCAGGGAAGCUGUUAAGUUCAAGAGGAAUAGUUGGCAAGUUUGGGAAAAUUACAGUAAGGUUGCUUUGGACACACACAAUAUUCGACUGACACUUGAAGCUACCAAAAUGGUAUUAAAUUUGUCCUUCAACAAGCGCUUCAAUGUUGAUUUAUUGGACAGGGUGAUGACCACCCUCGAAGAACAAGCUACUCAUCUUGAUGAUACUCAAGACGCUAAAUCCAUCGGCAACACUUCAGAUGAUUCAAAUAAAGAGACCAGGCAAUCAAGUCAAUUAUUAGAUAUAAUUGGUGAUAUCCUUGAGCAGAUUGUAAACAGUGGGGCUAGCGUUCCAGAGAUAUGUGGAUUAUCUGCUAGAUACCAUAAGAGCAAGGGUGACCUUGAGAAAUGUUCUAAAGCUUUGCGCAGUCAAGUUCAGUAUCUAAAGGGUUCAGAAUUAUGUCAUGACCAUAAGAAGUUCAAAAAGUAUGCUCAAGCUUCUUUGCAGCUUUGCAAGUUCUACAUGGAAAUUUCAUCCAUGACAGGAAGCAAAAAAGAAUUAUUGUUAGCGGAGAUGCAUCUUAAAAGCUCCUUGAAAGAGGGCUUGAACUUUGUAGGCUCAAAGGAGUAUAAAGAACUUGAUGACUGCCUUGUUGAAUUAAAGGACCUGAUUGGUGCUGCCUAGACUUAUUGAGUUGACACUAUCACCAUACGAGCGUCGUGCGGGCGAAGAGCAGCUCACCCACAGUGCGUGGAUUGGGUGGUGAUUGUGUGGGCAAGAAUCAGCUCACCCACACACGCGUGGACUGGGUAGUGACUGUGUAGGCGGGAAUUGAUUUGUCACACGGCGCAGCUGGCAACCGCGCGUUGCGGGUCGUGUGGACGAGCGCUCUGGAUUUCAGUGAUAGUGAAAAAGAGAGACCAACAGAAGCCCUAUCUGGGCGAAGCAAGCCAGUGCCAGUGCAAGGAGCAAGCUUACCUGGCCCUGGAGUGGAUUGAUCCAGUUCCAGCGCCAUCAUAAUAUGACAUUCUAGGGUUGGCGCACCAAACACCCAUACAACACGCUAUGAUUAUGUGGCACUGAAAUUCAACAGAUUCCUUCAAGAUUCGUGCAAAACAUAAUAGACAUAGAUCAAAGCGUGUGGGCGAAGUGCAGAUAUGCCACAUGUGUGAGCGUUAUCAUUACCCUUGGCCGCCACAGCCGCAAAGCCUCCUCCGAUUCAGACGUGUUGUUCUUGUUGGUCAGCAAACUGACCGUCCGAGAAGGCCUGGAGCGCCGCCUCCACAUCGAUGGUAGCAGCAGGGAGACGAGGCUAGUGAGGCGGUGACUAAGGUUGAAAUGUGAAAUCCUCUCAAACAAACGAAUCCUCUGAUACUAUGGAAGUCAUUGACACAAUGAAGAACGGUGGAGAGUAGCGGAAGCAGCGGCGGCAAUUUUUGAGGAUUGUUUUUUUUAUUGCCUGUGAUUUUUCACAGACCAGUUUUGAACAUUGUAAUAGAGAAGCGAACAAAGUAGCUUAUGAGCUUGCUAGAUUAGUAAAAUAUUCCAUGACUAGGGAUUGGAUAAAGGAGCCCAUGGA